GCGCGGGUCCGCUAGCCGGGAUGACGGUGGUGGAGAUAGGUCCCGGGCCAGGGGGCCUAUCUGGCUGGUUGUUGUUUUUUUCUUCUAUUUUUUUAAACCCUCUCGUUUCUUGAUUCUGCAUUCUUAUCAUCACGUAUGUAGCAGUACCUUAUCAGUUUUACGCUUUGAACUCAACUAGUUGACUACUGAUCUCCGUUAUGAGUACCUAAUGUCUGAAGCGUUAUUUUUCUUCCUGUUUUCAAUCAUCUUAAUCAAUCAAAAUGUUACAGUUUCUGCUACUUUAUAUGCAUUUAUUUCCUCGGAUAUGUGGAUUUUUAGUGCUGAACGAACCAAGUUCUGACUCAGACUCGCACUUGCAACCUCUCGUGCUAAGUGCCGUGAACGGGAGCGCGGUGAACGAGACCAACGACGGCCUCCCUCCGACGUACGAGCUGGUGGCCAAGCACGGCCUCAAACCCAACAAAAGACUAGGACAGCACUUCCUCUACGACCGGAACGUGAUCGGGCGGAUAGUGGAGGCCUCGGGUCCGCUGGCCGGGAUGACGGUCGUGGAGAUAGGCCCCGGGCCAGGGGGCCUGACGAGGGCCCUUCUCGCGGGUGGAGCUGCCCGCGUCGUCGCCAUCGAGCGGGACCCACGGGCCCUGUCCCUCCUCCGCCAGCUCACAGACGUCUACCAGGAGCGCCUCACCGUGGUAGACGGCGACGCCCUGGGCUUCGACCCGCGACCCCUCAUCGCCGGCGAACCCGCCCUCAUCGUCGCCAACCUCCCCUACAACAUCGGAUCCGAGUUGCUCUACCGCUGGGUCAGCGCCGAGACCUGGCCGCCGUGGUGGCAGCGGGCCGUGCUCAUGUUCCAGCGCGAGGUCGCUCUGAGGAUAGUGGCGACGCCGGAGCAGAGGGCCGACUACGGGCGCCUCGCCGUCCUCUGCGGCUGGCGCACCCGAGCCGAGAUCGUCCUCGAUGUCCCGCCGGAGGUCUUCACGCCGCGGCCGGCGGUCAACUCCAGCGUCGUCCGCCUGGUGCCGCGCGCCGAGCCGCUCCCGUGCCGUGCCGGCGCCCUUGUCACCGUCGCCAAGGCCACGUUCACGCAGCGACGGAAGAUGAUGCGCAACUCCUUGGGGUCGCUCACGAACGACCCGGAGGCCUUGCUCCGAGCCGCUGGGCUCCAGGGGGACUGGCGACCGGAACAAGUCCCGGUUGAUGGGUUCGUCCGCCUUGCCCUAGCCUACGACGAGUAUAGAAGGACGGAAGCGUCUUCCUCCACACCCGGAACCGUGUAGGGCUGAUAUGGUUCCAAGUAGAGUCCCUUUAUACUGAGAGUCAAGACAAUGUGAAUCCAUUUCUGAUUGGUUCCCGUAUUUUAGGCCUUCACAGUGUCAUAAACGGGAAUAA